AUGGACGUGCUCAAGAAAAUCGGAGGAUGGUUUGCUCCUCCGCCGAACAAAGCGGAAGACGGCCGUGAUGCGUGGCCUUCAAGGGCCUCCUUUCUUCUGGCCUCCAUGGGUGGCUGUGCCGGAAUGGGCAAUCUCCUUCGGUACCCAUCCCAGGUGUACAACAAUCAUGGCCUGCAGUGGUACAUCCCAUACCUGAUGGCCGUUUUCAUCGUUGCCAUCCCGGCCUACCGUGGUGGUAGUGUUGUGGCCUACGCGAAUGUCAACCAGAGACUGAAGGGGUUGGGACUAUCGUUGAUCUACGUUGGCUUUGUUGUCACACCAUACUUCGUCGUCAACUUGGCGUGGAUUAUGAGCUACUUCCGACAUUCCUUCACCAGCCCAUUACCAUGGACCAACGAGCCCGAUUACUUCUUCAACCGAAAAGUCGUUGCCAACGUUGACCCAAUCGAGGGCAAUCUAACGGCAGAUGGUACCAGCGUUUUGAAUUACACCGAGUAUCCCGGUACUGCCCUAUUGGGAGAGACGACCGGAUGGGCAGCCUUCACCUUCUUUCUCAUGUAUAUCUCCAUUUUCCGCGGCGUGGGACUUACUGGGCGAGUCGUGUACUUUACGAUGGGCCUGCCUAUUGUUGUCACCAUUGUCCUAAUUGGUAGGUCUGUAUCGCUUGAGAAUGCGGGUGAAGGUGUGAAGCUCUACUUCGCGACGUGGAGAGGCGACCAACUCGCAAGAGGUCAGGUCUGGCAGACAGCUUGUGGUCAGGUACGAACGCCCUUAUCUACCCGUUUUAUGUUGAACUUCGAGACUCUUCGCAGGGUCUUCUUCAGCACUGGAGUAGGAUUCGGCUACUUCACGUCAUAUGCCUCAUAUAACCGACAGUAUUCCAACGCAGUCAUGGAUUCAAUCUUGAUCGUCUGCAGCAAUGUGCUCUUUGAGAACAUCGCCGCAUUUGCCGUCUUCGGUGUCGUCGGGUACCUUGGCAUGCGACCGGACCCAGAGAACCCCAUCGGAGGCUUCAGCGUUGGCUUCCUCACUUUACCUCAGGCAGUGGCCGAAAUGCCCGGUGCCAAUUUCUGGGCUGUAGCAUUGUUUUUCACACUCAUGGUCCUCGGCUACAGCUCAGCAUUCGCCAUGUUGGACGCCAUCGUUACCCUGGUUAUGGACACGGGAAUCAAGGCUAGCAGGCCCAUAGUUGUCACGACUCUUACGAUUAUGUCCUUCCUUCUAUGCCUUCCAUACUGCACGGAGUUCGGCUAUUACCUGCUUACUGGCAUUGACCGGUGGACGAACGAUGUUGCAUUAGUCUUUGUUGUCUUUGCCGAAUGCAUUUCAUCAACAAGUGUUUACCGUUGCAAAGAUGUUAUCGGACAAGUUGGCAAGCCAGCUUUUGUCAUCUAUAACACAUGCUACAUCCUAGCUAUGGUCCUGGGAGUGGCCAUUGCCCACGCUGUGCACCCAGGAGCUGGAGCUGGUGUUGGGUUCGGUAUCUUCAUCGGCGGAAGUAUCGCCUCAAGUUUCAUUGGGAAAAUCCCUGACUCCAUCCCGCCAAGGUUCUGGGGAAAGAACGCAUUCAUCAGCAAGUUCUGGUAUCUGGCCUUCUACUCUGGAAAUCAACUUCGGAGAGAUCUCAACGUAGUCAUCGGCAGCGGAAAGAACUGGAACAUUCCGACAUUCUGGCCUGUAUUACUUCGCUACAUUUCAGGGCCGAUCUUGGCCAUCGUCUACGGCUUUUCAUACCCAUCAUUUUAUGAACUCCGCUAUGAUCCAUUGCAUAUCCUAGGCUUUGCUGUCGGCCACGUCGCUUUGAUCUUGAUUUUGGCCGGCUUCAUAGUGCCGCGCUGGUUCAACGUCUUUAUCCCAGCGCAUCGUCGGAACGAAGGCAAGAUGGCUUACGCCCCAAACGUCACCAUCGGUGCAGACGAGGCUCAAGCUAUCGCCGCUGGGACAAUGGAGCAAGGAAACUCGCAGACUCACUCGCAUUCGGACGAGGGUGUUGGCCGAAAGGAGUCACCUACCAAUGACGGCCUCAUUACAGAGGAGGAACAGAAGACCGCAUUAUAG